AUGGAAGUAUACAAAGAUGAUAUGCUGGUCAAGGCUUUGAAUGCAGGUGGCCAUUUUAAACACCUCCAGGAAACCUUUGAUAUCCUAAGGAAGCACAACAUGAAGCUCAACCCCGAAAAAUGCGUGUUCGAAGUUAGCUCCGAGAAAUUCUUGGGUUUCUUGGUGUCACAAAGAGGGAUCAAGGUCAAUACCAAUAAGAUCAAAGCAUUCAAGGACAUCUUAGACCAACUAACAAGCAUGAAAGAAGUCCAAAGACUAAUUGGAAGAUUGGAUGCUCUAAGCAGAAGAUCUGAUCCUGGUGGAAUAGGAGAACCGACCUUGCGGUACUUCCGGGCGGACGAAAAAGCAAAUAAUGAGGCAUUACUGGCCAAAUUGGAGCUUCUUGACGAACACAGAGACUUGACGCAUAUAAGAAUGGUGGCUCAGAAACAAAGGAUGGAAAUAUACUAUAACCGGAGAGCCAAUCUUCGCUAUUUUAAAGUGGGAGACUUAAUUUUGAGGGAAGUGACUCAGAACACCCGGGAGAUCAAUGCGGGAAAGCUGAGUCCAACAUGA